GAGGGACAGACAUGAUCUGAGUGAGGGGACACCAUCUUCUCUAACAGGAUGAAUCGUCUCUUGCCUCAGAUCGUCAUGCUGUUCUGGGCCUCGUGCCCCAGCGUGCUGGGUCACUGCGAUAAAUUGUUGGAGACAGCCAAACUGAACCUCUCAGUCACCUACAAGCUCCCAACGUUUACGGCAGACUUCCCAGUCCAGAACAUGGUGACCCUGGACGGGAUCGUCUACGUUGGCGCCAUAAACAGAAUCUACGCUCUGGCACCGAACCUCACAAAGCUGUCAGAGUACCACACGGGGCCUCUGCUUCACAAUGAGACGUGCGGCCAGACACCAACAACUACAAGCAACGGUACCCAUGUGGACAACCACAACAUUGCUUUGGUGGUGGAGAACAUUUAUGACAAAGGCUUGUACAGCUGUGGCUCAGCAGAUAACGGAGUCUGUCGUCGCCAUGUCCUGGAUGAAGGCUACAGCCCUAAAACUGUUGAUGAAAAUGUCUACUGCUUCACGGACAAGGUGAGGCCAGCUGACUCAAACGUUGUGGUGGGCCCGUCAGGCUCUCAGGUUCUCAAUGUGGAGAGCAACGUCAUCAAGUUCUUUGUUGGCAACUCGGAGAUUCCAAGCCCGGGAAACGCUUCAGACAAUGUGUUGCAUCCUCACACUAUCUCCAUACGAAAGAUGAAGACGAGCCAAAAUGGCUUCACGUUCUUCUCCAACCUCUCGCACAUGGACCUGAUUCCAUCUCUUCAAGGAAACUACUACCUGCGCUACGUUUACUCCUUCCACAGCGGGCCCUUCACCUACUUCCUCACCGUGCAGCAGAAGAGCUGGAACUCUCAAAGCUAUCACACGCGCAUAGUCCGCAUGUGCUCCUCAGACCUUGUGAUCCGCCGCUACGUGGAAAUGCCCAUCGAAUGCAUCAGCACCAACAAGAGGCGCCGACGCUCUCCCACAGACGAGAAGGUCUUCAACAUCCUUCAGGCCGCCUACGUUACCAAGGUGGGCAACGACGUAGAGCUGCAGAGGCAGCUGAAGGUGGAAGAAGGUGACGACGUGCUGUUUGCCGCCUUCGCCCAGGGACGGCCGAGUUCUCCAGAGCCGACCCCGAACUCAGCCGUGUGCGUCAUGUCCCUGAAAAACCUCAACCAUUUGUUCAAGAUAUACAUGCACAUGUGCAAAACCCGCGACCCGCAUCACUUCACCGGCUCCAACAAGACGUCCUGCUACAAUGUGACUUCCUCGGACGACUGUGACCCCCAUGAAGGGAUCCAUGAGGGGAAGGAGGGCAUGUACCGCCUUGAGUUGUCCAACACUGUCCAGAGGUUGGAGUUCUGGCACAAAGACUUGAUGAACACCUUGGUAACUUCAAUCACCGUGGUUCCAGUGCAUGGGCGCACCGUGGCAUACCUCGGAACAGCAGACGGACGCCACAUACAGGUGCUGGUCUCCAGGUUUGCUUCUCCUCACGUGAACAUCCGUCUCGACUCCAGACCCGUCUCUGCCAGUGUGGCUCUGCAGGACCCUGUUGUCUCAGACGGAGCCGUGCUGAUGGCCACGGGGAACAAGAUCACCAGGAUCCCUCUGAUUGGCCCUGGCUGUGAUCAGCUGACCACCUGCAUAUCGUGUUUGCUCUCAUCGAGGGUGACGCAGUGCGGCUGGUGCGACGGGCGAUGCACCAGAAAGAACCAGUGUCCUUGGUCAUCCGAGUGGACUCAGGACAACUGCACACCUGUCAUCACUCAGGUUUCCCCGACAUCUGGACCGGUCCGAGGCUCCACGGCAGUGACCGUUUGUGGAAACAACUUUGGCUUCGACAAGACGGAGAACUUCAAGGCCUCCAUGGUGUCUGUGGAAGUGGCGGGAACUCCCUGCAAACUGAUUCGACAGGAAAACAUCAACAGAUGGACUGAGAUGCAGUGUUUCCCUGUCUUCAAUGGGAACUUCACCCCAUCAGGACAUACAGUGAAGGUCACCAGUGGCCACAAGGUCGCCAAGAUGGAUGGUUUCAAAUUUGUGGACCCUGCGAUUCACGACAUCUUCCCCACCUUCGGCCCGAAGUCAGGAAACACCAUGCUUACCAUCAGAGGAGCUUUUCUGGACACUGGAAACAAACCAGUGGUGACUGUGGGAAAGGCAGUAUGUGAAAUCCAAAGCUUGACGUCCACCAUGCUGACCUGUAAGACGCCUCCGCACAGCGCCCGCUCAGAGCAGCCGGUGAAGCUGACCGUGGACCUGGUCGAACGCCACGCCCCCACAGCGUUCACCUACAACGAGGAUCCCAUCAUCAGUAGAAUCCAGCCGCUACGCUCGUUCGUGAGCGGAGGCUGCACGGUGUCGGCUCACGGCUCCUUCCUCCAGUCCGGCCUCCAACCGCAGAUGAUCCUCUCCACCGGUCCACAUUCUGCAGUCUUCCAUGUGAGUUGUGUGUACGGUGAAAACCAGACCUCCAUCCAGUGCACCACUCCUUCUCUGGCCAAACUGACUCUCCAACCACCGGUGGUCACCAAGGUGGAGUUUGUCCUGGAUGGCUACAAAACAAGUCAAUGGGACCUGAUCUAUGUGGAGGACCCGCUGUUCCAGGACCCCAAGCUCACAUCCAAGGACAACAAGAGCAUCGUGGAACUGAAAUGGCGCCAGGCAGACUCCAUCAGGCACCUGGGGAAGGUGACGCUGGCUCAGGAGCCGGACUAUACGGGCCUCAUCGUGGGCUGCCUGUGUGUCAGCCUGCUGCUGCUGCUGCUGGGAACGCUGCUGAUGUGGAGGAGGAACAAACACAUCGACGAUCUGACUGAGAUUUGGUACGAUGGCCGGGGUCACAUCCAGCACCUGGACAGGUUGGCGAACGCGAGGAGCGUCAGCCCCACCAACGAGCUGGUCUCCCACGAGUCAGUUGACUACAGAACAACCCUGCUGGAGGAUCAGGGCGCCGACAGGCCCGAGACGUGCCGAGCCGCUCCUCCCGUCUAUGGAGACAACGGGGAGCUGCUGUCCCCCAGACUGGGGGCGCUCAGAGCUGGGAUGGGUCUGGGUCUGGAAGGCGAUUUGGUGUCCCCCCUCCUGAUGGCCCCGGUUCACAUCGACCCGUCCUGUCUGCACCCGGACCUGCUGACAGAGGUGCAGCACGUGGUGAUCGCCAGGGAGCAGCUGCUGCUCCACCUCAACCAGGUCAUCGGCAGAGGACACUUCGGCUGUGUUUUCCACGGAACGCUGCUCGAGCCAGAAGGACAGAAGCAGCACUGUGCCGUCAAGUCUUUGAACCGCAUCACAGACUUGGAGGAGGUGUCCCAGUUCCUAAAGGAGGGCAUCAUCAUGAAGGACUUCAGCCACCCCAAUGUCCUCUCUCUGCUGGGUAUUUGUCUUCCACCAGAGGGGUCACCCCUGGUGGUUCUGCCCUACAUGAAGCAUGGCGACCUGCGCAACUUCAUCCGCGAUGAGGCACAUAACCCUACGGUGAAGGACCUGAUGGGCUUCGGACUGCAGGUGGCCAGAGGGAUGGAGUAUCUAGCCAGCAAGAAGUUUGUUCACCGAGACCUGGCCGCCAGGAACUGCAUGCUGGAUGAGAACUACACAGUAAAAGUGGCCGACUUUGGCCUGGCCAGAGACGUCUAUGACAAAGAGUACUACAGCGUCCACAACAAGAGUGGAGUCAAGCUGCCCGUCAAAUGGAUGGCUCUGGAGAGUCUGCAGACUCACAAGUUCACCACCAAGUCCGACGUGUGGUCGUUCGGGGUGCUGCUGUGGGAGCUGAUGACCCGCGGAGCCCCUCCAUACUCGGACGUGAACUCCUUCGACAUCACGGUGUUCCUGCUGCAGGGGAGGAGGCUGCUGCAGCCCGAGUUCUGCCCCGACAGCCUCUACACGGUGAUGAUCGAGUCUUGGCACCCGAAGCCCGAGCGGCGGCCAUCUUUCUCCGAACUGGUGUCAAGUAUUUCCGCCAUCUUCUCCAGCUUCAGCGGGGAGCAUUACGUCCUGCUCAACACCACAUACGUCAACAUUAACAAAGUGAGUCCCUACCCCUCCCUGCUUGCCUCCACUGCCUCGUCCUCCUCCUCAGCCGAGCCCUCUACCUCCACGUCGCUGCCCUCCCCCUCCCCGUUCUUUUCUCGUGUGGAGCGCGAGUGCUGCACCUGAAGAAUGAGGAGGUGGUGAAGGAGAGAAGAGACUCAAAAGGAAAAGAUGAGCUGGUUGGAGAACUACUGUUUGUUUGAGCCGACACUGGACACUGCAUGCUGGCGACAGACUGUUUCUGGCAGCUUGGACUGUUCUGUCAUUGUACAUAGACUGUGGAUCUACAGAAACUUGAAGCUUCACUGUACGACGGGGGAAUUUUCAUUGACCUUGCCUCAUUGACCCACGCCAAGAACCUUGGGGAGCACAAUCCUGGACUUCCUGCCCUGUACAAGUCCCAGGAGCCUCUUACUGAACAUGCGUUGUGUAAAAAAGCGAUUUCCAAAACAACCAGGUGUAAGCUUCAUCAGAUUUACUACAAAGCUUUGGAGAACAAAAGAUCAGUGUGUCAAGUACACACUGAUCAUCAGAGCCUCACCUGACUGAGGAUCUGACCCGUUCUGACUUCCUGAACAGAAAAUUCAGUUUUGUAGAAACUUCCAGCCCGUCCCGUCCAGCUCUAUCAGAACCCAGCUGCAGUCAGAAGCAGGAGGAACUCUGGGAGCCAGCAGCUCUCAAGGACUCUAGAAGAAAGACGUCACUGUAAUCGUAUCAAUCAGACCUUGAGGAUAACAGAGUGAUCUCCUGCUGUCCCGUCACAUGAAGACAGAGUCAGGAUCAUGGAACAUUUUCAUAUCAUUCACAAGAACAGAUCAAGAGCAGGGACAAUUAUGGAGCAUGGUGAGUGAAAUAAUACACAUUCCCUUGACACAAGUUCCACUGACGAACCUUCCCUCACUUUGUAUC